AUGGCGUCCAGCAUAGCUGAUGCUAAGGAUUGGCCAACCGACCAAUCCAUAAAUGUCGUAGUGGAUUAUUCAACUGAUAAACUCUUAGCAGUUAAGUAUGUAUCAGAUGGAAAGGUAUACCGUGGUGUUUUACUCGCCGAUGACCAGAGGAUUGGUGUAAAUGAAACUCGUGCAGCCGGUGCCGAAACUUGGCUAUCCUUCACCACGGAUUCUAACCAUGGACUUUCUUUGAAUUCAACAGCCUGCUGUGCUGAACGUUUUACCUACAAGUCUAAUGGUGAGGCUUCUCGCUUCAGUAUACUCCACUCCAGUAAUAAGCGUCUUUUUCCUUCUCGCGGACCGUCACGUUCAGUCUUUCGAUCUAAAUUAGAGAAUAUCUGUCAAAUCUGUAAAAAGAGCAUUAAUUCCUCUUCCUCUGAUUUAUACCCCCAGGAAGAAACUUCCCCGAAAUCUAGCAAACGAGGUCAUAAUGCCAGCGAUUCUCAUCAAGAGGGAAAGUCACUGUCUUCAGUUAAAAAGCGUCGGUUAGAUGAAACGACCUCUAAGAAAGAUUCUAUCAAAUCAAGGAAAUCUAAAGAUGUAGAAGGUGGAUCUGGGAAGAAAAAGGCGACAGAAUCGAAAGACACCUCUACAUCAGCAGGAGCAACGGCAGUUAAUCAUUGUCCGCUUGAAAUCACUAAAACAAAACUUUCAGCUGAGAAGCUGCCGUCUAAUACCGAAAAUGGCAGUUCUAAUGCAGAUAUUUUCAAAGAAUCUGUUAAAACAGAUCGUAGACGGUUGGCUAAAUCUCAUGAGAAACGCAUAAAUUUUGAUCGGCAAACAUCUACAAAAGAGGAAAAGGAAACAACUUCUAAAGUUCCUGAGCUUCCGCAAGCGCCUGCUGUUAUCGCCACAAACCCUGAACCCCCUCGCCCACAUAUUAAGAUCAAAAUCAAUCGAGCCCUUAUAUUAGGUGAUGGAGAUGCGGCUUCUAAUCAGAGUAGGAACUCAGAUUGCGCUGGCGGCUAUAAGGUCUGUUUCUAUCUACGCUAUUUAUAUUAUCGUUUGAUGGUUAAGCAAAAACAUUGA